GCCGCCGCAGCGCCGCCAGCAGCAUGUCUCGAAGGAAGAUUUCAUCCGAGUCGUUCAGCUCCCUGGGCUCCGACUACCUGGAGACCAGCCCGGAGGAGGAGGGGGAAUGCCCCAUGUCCAGGCUCUGCUGGAACGGCAGCCGGAGCCCCCCCGGGCAGCCUGAGCCUAGCGCUGCCGCCGCCACUCCGGCCCCGGCCGCCUCCGCGGUCGCCACCGCCGCCACCGCUGGGGCCAGGAGGGCUCAGCGCCGGAGGCGGGUCAACCUGGACUCGCUGGGCGAGAGCAUCAGCCGCCUGACGGCACCCUCGCCUCAGACGAUCCAGCAAACUCUCAAGAGGACAUUGCAGCAUUAUGAGCACCAAGUUAUUGGUUAUAGGGAUGCAGAAAAGAAUUUCCACAAUAUCUCUAACAGAUGCUCCUAUGCAGACCAUUCCAACAAAGAGGAAGUUGAAGAUGUCUCAGGAAUUCUUCAGUGUACUGCUAAUAUACUCGGUUUGAAGUUUGAGGAAAUUCAAGAAAGAUUUGGUGAGGAGUUCUUUAAUAUAUGUUUUGAUGAGAAUGAGAGAGUCCUUCGAGCUGUAGGUGGCACAUUGCAGGACUUUUUUAAUGGCUUUGAUGCUUUGUUGGAACACAUUAGAACUUCUUUUGGAAAACAGGCCACUCUGGAGUCACCAUCAUUCCUAUGCAAAGAGCUUCCAGAAGGUACUCUUAUGCUCCACUACUUCCACCCUCACCACAUUGUGGGCUUUGCGAUGCUGGGGAUGAUUAAGGCUGCAGGAAAGAAGAUCUAUCGGCUGGAUGUGGAAGUGGAACAGGUUGCAAAUGAGAAAUUGUGCUCUGAUGGCUCAAACCCAGGCAACUGUAGCUGUCUUACUUUCCUUAUCAAAGAAUGUGACAAUACUCAUAUCACAAAGAACCUUCCGCAGGGAACCUCCCAAGUUCCCGAGGACCUCCGAAUUAGCAUCAACACCUUCUGCAGAGCUUUCCCUUUCCACUUGAUGUUUGACCCCCACAUGUUAGUCCUUCAGCUGGGGGAAGGCCUGAGGAAGCAGCUCCGAUGUGACACUCACAAAGUGCUCAAGUUUGAGGACUGCUUUGAGAUUGUUUCUCCAAAGGUGAAUGCCACCUUUGAAAGGGUCCUGCUGCGACUGUCUACCCCAUUUGUGAUUAGGACCAAGCCUGAGGCUUCUGGCACGGAAAAUAAAGACAAGGUGAUGGAAGUCAAAGGACAAAUGAUCCAUGUCCCAGAAUCAAAUUCCAUUUUAUUCUUGGGCUCUCCGUGUGUGGACAAGCUGGAUGAACUCAUGGGCAGGGGUCUGCAUCUCUCAGACAUCCCUAUCCACGAUGCCACCCGAGAUGUCAUUUUGGUUGGUGAGCAGGCAAAGGCCCAAGAUGGCUUGAAGAAGAGGAUGGAUAAAUUAAAGGCAACUUUAGAAAGAACUCACCAGGCACUUGAAGAAGAGAAAAAGAAAACAGUGGAUCUCCUAUAUUCUAUUUUCCCUGGUGACGUAGCCCAGCAAUUGUGGCAAGGGCAGCAAGUGCAGGCCAGAAAGUUUGAUGAUGUCACCAUGCUCUUCUCGGACAUUGUGGGCUUCACAGCCAUCUGUGCUCAGUGUACCCCCAUGCAGGUGAUCAGCAUGCUGAACGAACUGUAUACCAGAUUUGAUCACCAGUGUGGAUUUUUGGAUAUUUAUAAGGUGGAAACAAUAGGUGAUGCAUACUGUGUUGCUGCAGGACUCCACAGGAAAAGCCUCUGCCAUGCUAAACCCAUCGCUCUGAUGGCUCUGAAGAUGAUGGAACUUUCAGAAGAGGUGCUGACACCUGAUGGAAGACCAAUUCAGAUGAGGAUAGGCAUUCACUCAGGCUCCGUGCUGGCUGGAGUUGUUGGGGUAAGAAUGCCCCGAUAUUGCCUGUUUGGAAAUAAUGUCACUCUGGCAAGCAAAUUUGAAUCAGGAAGUCACCCUCGUCGCAUCAAUGUCAGCCCAACCACUUACCAAUUAUUAAAACGGGAAGAAAGUUUCACAUUCAUUCCUCGGUCCCGUGAAGAGCUUCCAGACAACUUUCCAAAGGAAAUCCCUGGAAUCUGCUAUUUCCUGGAGAUAAGGACUGGUCCUAAACAACCAAAGCCUUCUCUUUCUUCAUCGAGGAUAAAGAAGGUUUCCUACAACAUCGGCACCAUGUUCCUCCGGGAGACAAGCCUCUGAGACCUGCUACAGGUCAAAGACUUCACCAAAAGCACAAGCCCAGAUCAUGGGUCACGACAGGAGAGCAGUGUUGAGAACAAACAGCAGAAUUGAUGUUAUGUCAGGCAAUAAUCCUAGAAAAAGGUGGGUGAUGACUGUCAGUUAAAAACCUGGAGGGUAGGGGGAGGAAUCAGGUGUGUCUGUUCAUAUGAGUGUUUUUGGUCAUAUAUGUAUUUUAACAAGUAUGGGCCCUCUUUCCAAACUAACCAAUAAAUAGACUUCAUGUUUUCUUGUUUGUCACACAUACAAGUAUCUUUCCCUAUACAUUUGUAUCACUUUUAAGAGCCAGUUUUGAUUAUAUAUUCCUAUAUUUAGCAAGAUGCUAUGUGAAGAAUAUUUUCUAAUUUUGUUUUUCUGAAUAGACAUUUCAUAUGUAUAUCAUGGCAGUGUGGUAAACUUCCCAGCAGGAAGAACUGUAACUCCCCAAAAUAUUUUAGGAAUGUUACCUAUUUUUAUACAUAUCUCUUCUAGAUAAUUACAUUACACAUAACAUUUUCAGAGUCUGCUACUGUAUAGUUGGUACAUUAUGUAACUCUAACCUAUUAAUUGGAUAUAGUUUUACUCAUUAGUGCUCAGAUUGAGAAUACAUAUGACCAAGGAUUUCAGAUGAUGAGAAAGCAUUGUAUGUCUGCUUAGAAAAUAUAUCCUUUAGAUUUGAUUAUUGUAGCAUGGAACCCAGAAGAAAUGGAAUUUGCUAAUAGCAGAUGCAUCUGUAACCAAGAUUGAAGAAAGGUCUUUUUGCCAUCUUCUAGCAAAUACCAGUCAAAAAUAAAAUGCUCUCUACACUGGACACUUUUCAACUUAGCACUUACAAAUACAGGUAUUUAUUGCAAUGUACUAAACUGCAUUCCAAUGACGAGUAGCAUACUAAAUGACAUGUCGUAUUUCCCCACCCCCUUCAUGGUGGGUGACUCCGAAGGCCACUCUUGGGAGCAAAUUCCUGGAUACUGACAUUAGUGAGAAAGGUGUGGGACAUUUUGCCAACAGUGUUGUUUCUUCUUGCAUAAUAAAAAGCAAGGAAAUAAACCCUGUAUUUUAUGGCUUUCAGUUUAAAAAAAACUGUCUUCUGCAGUUUGAUUGAUUUAGGUUUUAAAUUCAGUGAAUCACCUUCAGACCACUGAAGUGUGGCUAACCUUUACACUUAGUAAUCACCAUAGUUACAGAUAGGCUUCCAUCUCAUGUUCUGCUAAAAUGAAGACCAGUUCCCAAUAAUUAGCACUGCAUGAAAACAUUAUUACAGAUACACCCUGAAAUUUGGAGCACAGUGUGUCUAGGGAUUUGCUUUUUUGAAUCAGAUGUAAAACCUAAGUUUCUAUUAAGGCUAAUGAGCAGGAAAUAUUUGUUUCCUUAAAAUCUUAGGGUAUCCAUUUUCUUACUAUAGUAGGUACAGUCAUUAAUAGCUUAUGUCUUCUGAAUACAAUGUAUUUCUUCUUCUGGUCAGAGAUUUUGGCUCCAUUAUGAUUUUGUUAUGAUAUAACUCAGCUAAAGAGCAUAUUAACUACUGUCAAUGUCAUUGUGAGGCUGAAUUAGUGUUUUUAAGUUCUCUAAGUGUGUAACUAGAAAACAUUGACAGACAUGCAAAGUAUAUGUUACAAUGGUGAUCACUUUUAUAAUUGUUGAACUCCAUCUAGCCCUGAAGCUUAUGAGGACACUAGGGUAACAUUCUUCAUGUGGGGCGGGACCUAGACCUGGAGCUCUCUGAAUCCUUGCCUGUCUCUCUCUCUUCCCUGCAUCUAGGUCUCUGUUUUUAACUACAUGGGGUUAGAUGGCCAGGGCGUUUAUGAGAGGCUGUGUAGGCUGGGGACUAGGUGCUCUCAUGGGAGUAAUCACUCACAAAAGAACUCUUUAGGGCACUUGGAGAUUAACACACUUCCUUCAUAGGGAAUGAAGGCAAGCUGUACAGUCCUCAUGCCGAGAAUAGGGAAUCCCUGAGCUGUGUUGGUGGGCUCCUUACAGUGCAGGAGCAUGGGAAAGAACCCAGCUCACUGAGGUCAUUUAUGCUUAUUCUGCACAGUAACUAAGAGUUUAUUAUGAUAUGGUGGAUCAAUAAAUGUUUUGGCAGUAAACAAUGUAUUAUGUAACCAUAAGGCUGAAAGAGACUCCCAGGAAUCAUCCAAUCUAUUUCUCUGCUGCUUGUAAAGAUUCAUUUAGGCAACUAUUCUAAGCAUAUAGUUAUUCUCUCUAUACUUAUGAUCACCUAUGGGAAGCAUAUUCUAAAAGCAUCAUUGGAAAUCUACUUUAUUAUCAGCCAUGGUAAUAGGGCCCAAAACAAGAAUUGUAUAUGCAUUCAGUUUGUCAGAAGAAUAACAAACUCUUUCUUAGUUUAUAUGAUUUUACUUAGAGAAGAAGUAGCAUUUACAUUGUCAUAAAUGUCACAAUGAAGAAUAUGCCAGAGACCUACUAAAUAUCACAGGCAUGAUAUAAGCUACAUUUUUCAUGCACUAUAGUCUACAUAUAUCUUUAAAGCUAUAGCCUGAGAAAAUCGUUCAAUCUGUUAGCAUUUUGCCAAUUUAGUACAAUUGAUCAUUGUAGUUAAACUAUUGCUGUAUAUGUUUGCAAGGUACAGUUUAAAAUGGCUGUUCACUCUAGUUGUAGUCAUAGAAUUUGGAAGCUGUGAAAAAGCAUCGUAUUUUUGUCUUCCAUAUUUCCAUUAGCAAUUGUGGCUAUAACAAGGGGUGGUAGUUGUUCUUUCAUCUGACUAAUAUCUAUACAGUCUUCUCACCUACAAACCACUACACCCAUCAUUCAUUUUAGCCUGGCAGAUUAAAAGGAGUUUAAAUGGAUGAGCCAUUGAAAUCAAGUAGUAUUAAAUUGGGGAAAUGGCUUUAACCCACUCUCCAGGGAUACUUUAAAUAUAACUUGGCACCUGUAGCUCCUGUUUUAGUGUUCUUUCAAGCAAAAGAUUGGGAGAAGUCACUUUAUGACUAGUCACCAGGACCACAGCUUUUCACUGGCAUCAGCAUCGUUGUGAUGGAGAUGAGGUCAUCAUUUGGAAAUAAGUCAGUUAUCUAACAAAGUCAGAACCCCCAAUAUGUACCCAAAACAUACUGCACAGUAUGUGCUUUGUGAACCUUAAUAGCUAAUAUCAGCCAUAAUUAAAAAAUAAUACUUGAUGUCUAGAGAAAUGCUGUAUAGUAUGGUGUGGAGAAGGAUCCAAAUGUUUAAAAUCUUCCCUGAUAUUAAUCUCUUCUCUUAUGUUUUAAAUUAUUUGGGGUUUAGUUUUUAACCCCUGACUACAUGGCUGUCCAGUGAGUGAUGACCUGCUGAGACAGACACUGGUGACUGAGACUGGAGAAAGGUCUGUGGAUCCAGCACUUCAGUGUGACCUCUCGUAGUCUCACUGUUGUUCUGCUUGUCUGGUGACAGUGGUAUUGAGACCAUAGUGUUUUAUAAUGAAAAUGCAAAAGUGCAUGCCUCUUCUAGAAAAACAGAGCAGAAGAGGACAACAACCUAAAGUACUAAUUUACAAGUGCAGCAAAGCUUUUAAUUUUACAAGUUCCUCCAAAGAGUUCUAGCAAUAGAGCAAAAUUAAAUUGAUACAUACAAAAGGCAAAGCCACAGAGAAACUGGAAAACCACCAGGCUCUGUGUUUUGUACAGAAUCAAAUUGCUACCAAUUCAAAUAGUGUGUUUCGGGUUGUGAGGUAUGAAGAGAGAGCACAAGAUUAUGACCAUCAUUAAAUAUAUUUUGGAAAGGCUCUCAGGGUUCCUGACUUGUUAAAGGCAGGUGUUGUGGAUUAUCAGGGUAGAGAGUAAAACUUCUGCAAUGAGCAUCUUGUCAUGCAUUUUGAGUACUGCCUAUCCCAUGCCCAGACCCUUUCUUACUCCCUGAUGCCACUGGAAACCAUCCCGCCCACUCAAGCCUGGCCCCAUGAAACACCGUCGUCUGUACCUCUGAACCUCACAUGGACACCAAAAGAGUUUCUGAGGCCUGUUUCAGGCUGAUAGGAAGAUUCACACAACUUCAGGCCCAAGUAACAAUGCACUUCUGAAGUGAACUAACCAUCCCAGUUGUGCUGGGGGCACUGUUGACAUCAACGCUUCUCUCUGCUUUUUCUUCAAAAUACAAUCUGACUCCAAGCAUUUGAUAUAACUUCAUUGAAUAUUCCUUUGAAUGAAUUAUAUAUGACUUUACAUAGGCUGUGGGUGGCACCAGAUGCUGUUCAGCCAACAAUACCUAUACUCUUGAGACCAACAACCAAGUCUCAUAUUAUAACCUGUGGGUACUUCUGUGAUGAGAUUACAGAUCUUGAACUACAAAAACUGGCAUUUCAGAGGCUUCUAUGAACAUGUGUUAUGAGAUACAGCCUGAAAACCAUAAUGCAUGAAGAGCCAACUCAUUAAAGUUUAACAUAUUCCCUUCUGAAUGAUGAUUCUUAUAGGUAGCUCUGACAUGAAUAUAUAUUUUUUGAUAUGAAUAUACUUAAUUCACAGCCAGCUGAUUUAACACACAUAAAUUGUGUUAAAAUGACUGAACAAAUUUUAUUGUUAAAUGUGUAAAUUGAUCCCAACUAUAGACUCAAUUUCAAGAUCUUUGUGGUAGGAACUAAAGAACAGACACUGAUAUUAUCUAAAGAUUAACAUAAAUUGUCAGGAUAUAUUAAGAUAGUGUGCAAAAUUCUUUCCUCAUGCUUGAUUCAAACAAUUGAAACCUCACUAUUGUUCUACCACUUUUUGGUUUCUUUUCCUCCUUUGUUUCUUCUUUCUUCCUUCUUUCUUUCAUUGAAAGAAGUCAUUGCUAUGUUUAUAACAUAGACAGAAUCACAGUCAAUCUCAUGUUGUAAAAUAGUUUGUUUUAUAAAGUAAUGAAUAUUCUUGUGUGUGUGAGUGUGUGUGUGUGUGUGUGUUGAAUGUAACUAUUUCAAGGUUAAAAGGAGUGGCAUUCUGGGAGGAAUUGGGAUGUAGAAAAGUUAAGUUAGUGUCUUUAUUUCUAAUAUGUUGUGACUGAUCAGUCAAGUGUCUUAUUGCUGUCCCAUUUGUGUUAAGAAAUUAUACUGUUCAAUGGUUCAACUCAUCAACUUGGCAGUAUCUGGCUGGCUUCAAACAAAUUACCUGGGAAGCUUUUAGGAAUACAAAUUAUUAGGCUUUACCUUCAGAGAUUUGGAUUCAGUAGGUCUCAGGUUAGUAGGUCUCAGGAAUCAUAGUUAGAAAAUCACUCUAGGUAAUGCUAAUAUGUUGCCAGAUUUGGAGAUCACUGAAGAGUAUUCAAAUAAUCUCAAUUACUAGGAAUAAAUACAAGUUGAAUGAGACAGCAAUAUAUUAUUUUAUUUGUAGUUAUUUUGAAAGCUAAAUAUUCCAAGCUUCAUAGUAUUAUUUUUUCACAAGUUUUAAUUUUAGCUUUGGUUUAAAAUUUAUUGUCUGCUUUUUGAGUAUGAGUCUUCAAAAUUAUUAGAGACAAAUAAACACUGAUGAAUACUGCUCACUGUAAGGCUAGUAGGCAUACUGGACAUGGUCCCAUUUUCUUAAUUACUACCUGAAGUGUGCAGUACAUCACAGAAUUUGCUGAUCCUCACCAUCAAGAUAUCAACUAUGAACUUCUGGACAGAGAAGGAAAUGUCAAAGUGAUAGCCUUAUUUCUGACUACUUUGAUGUUUAUGUUAUAAAAAAUCAACUUGAUACUUAGUCUCACUUUGUACUUUUGACGUCGAACUGUACAUUCAUCUAAAAGGAUUCCCUAGCAAUACCUUGCAACAACCUUUUAAGCAAUAAUUUAAGCCAUGGUGGUGAUACCAUCUGAACCUUGCACUUUUUUGCAUGUCAUAGAGCUUUUAGGGAAAUAGAGAUAUGUUCUAUAUAAGCAAUAAUAUAGCUGCUGUGGACUUUGAAAAAAUAUUCACCAUUUUAAAACAGUAAAAUGAGCAGCAAGUGAUAAGUCAGAUAAAAAUUAUCUGAGAAAAUUACAUGCUUAAUCUGUUCUCUCAGAAGUCUUUCAGUUGCACACAUGCUUUAAGGCAAUUAAUAUACUCUUGUCAGAUUAUUUCUGUCAUAUAAUUUUCAAAAUACCCAUAAUAGUAUUUCUCUCAAGAAAUGUGUAUGUAUGUAAUGUUGUCCAAAUUUUCAGAUCUUCACAGUGUAUAAUACUAAGGAGCAGUUAAGAACAGAUACCUGAGUAGAAGUAGAACACAUGUUGGAUGAAUUGACUGAGAAUGUAGGCAUUAUGAAAAUAUAGAUGGGUCUUGGGACAAUUAAUGCAACUGUAGCUUUGAUGAGGUUUUAGAAGAUGAAAGUUUAGAGAUAAAAGGAGCUUAUUACCACUGUUUUCUAUGAAGACAAGUGUUUAGUAAGUGUAAUAGUAUUUUGGUUUCAGAAUAUGGUUGAAAAUCAUAUGUAGUAUAAUUAAGAAACAUCUGAAAAUGAUUAUGUAGUCAUAUUGAAAAUAACCUGCUCCUCUUAGCUAUUUUGAUAAUAGUACCAGAGCUUGCAGAUUUCAAAGGGAAUAAUUUAUAUAGUUUUACUUCUUAAAAUAUAAUUUUAAUCAAAUGUGCCAUGGUCAAUAAUAUUCAGUCCUUUGAUAGUUAAAUUGCCCUUCCAUAAUUUAGAAUAAUGUAUUGGGAUUACAGCUAAAAGCAACUGGUAAACUUAUGAUACAUUAAGGAUCUUCUAAUGAACAGAUUAUUAUUUAGCAAAUCAUAUGAGCUUUACUCCAUUCUUAAGCCUGUAAAUAAGAUUAUAGCUCCUAUUAUUGUCUAGCUGGGUAAACUCUCUUCUAAUCAUGAAUCUGAACACAACUGGAAUGGUGAGUGGGUUUGCUAGUAUUUUAAGUUCCCAUUAACUAUGGCAAAACUUAAAUUAGCAUCUUCCUACCCACAGUUGAGAAAAUUCCCCUAUACAAAUCAAAUAGGAUUGUUGACUCACUGAGAAAGUUUUGACAGAUGUCUUUUUGUAUUCAAUCAAUGCUUAACACUUAAUAAGCAUGCUUUUGACUAUUAUAAAUAAUGAAAAUAGCUUGAAACUAUUAAAUUAUAGUGAAUUUAUCCUCUCAGUUAAUUCAUCUAGUUGCAAACAUCAUUCUUAAUAUGAUAUUUAAGUACUGUUGCUUAAUAUCUGAAAGCAGAAGACACAAGCAAAACUAAAUGGCAAGCCUAAGUAAUUGGUUUAUAUUCAAACUUCCUCUGUGGCCUUUUCACUCUUUGUAGAUAAAGAAGAGAUACUACCAAAUAUAUUUUUAACAUGGUCUACUAAAUAUAAUUAAAUAUAAAUAAGGCAGUAAUAGAGGUAAAAAUCAGAAACAUGCAAAAUUGCUUCUCAUACCACCUCACUUUUUAAAGACUGUUUCUCCUUUUAUGUUAUCUGACAGUUAAUUAUACAUCAGUCUCAGGACACAGGGACAGAUGAAACAGUGACAUGGGCAAGGGCUUUGGGUGAGAUGGAUCAAAGAGAUCUACUUGUUGUCUUCAUGACAGCAUAGAUACUCUGAAAGCAGACACGGUUUACAUAAUAGAGAUGUGGUUUAAUGAGAGUUAGAUGAUUUAUUUAACUGGUGGUCUUCUUACUUUAAAAAGAGGGGAGAAGAAUCCUUUAGAAGCCAUUUUCAGUGUUGUUAGGGGGUCAUGUCAUCCUUUCAGCAGCCGCACAGAUCAGUGAAGCUGGGAUUCCAAACUCCCUGAGCUGCUGUGUACAGGAACCCCAUGAAGGUGGCAGACAGCACUAAUCUUGGUUACACUGAUGAUGGUAAAUGAAAGUGUCAGAACAGCUAUACUGAAGGAAUGAAAAGAGCCAACUACCAGCUCUGCCACAUGUCACAGAAAGGCUGUUAAAAUUAGCACAAAAGAACAAACUAUCAGAGUGCAGUUGAUAAGAAAAUAAAACUCCCCUCCUUCCUGCCUUUAUAGCAUUCCUGGCUGAGCUAACACUCAGUGAGAAAAAUACAAUUCAAUUUCAUACAUCCUUUUUAAAAAAAUUCUGACAUUAUAAAAACUAUCCUUCCCUGGUUUUGAAACUUAAUCACAAAGAAUGAGAAAUAUUUAUGUCCUAAAAUCAUUGCUGGGCCUAUACUAUAUUCUAUGUUCUUCACAUUGCUCUCAAGUGAGGUUUUGGGCGCUAGCAAAACAUGUGCUCAACUUUAGAGCAGGUGGAAGCCUUUCUGACCUGACCAGCCUCCUCAUCUCAUUCAGGGGUUCUCCAGGGAGUUGGAGCCCGGGAGAGAGUCACCCCAUAGCAUUUGAUGGCGUGCAGUGGGAGAGAUGAAGAUGACUCUGUCUUCCAAUAUUAAAAGUGCUUAGGUAACUUCUUACUAUCAUCCAAAGAUGUUUCACUUACACAUAAUUGAUUAAUUCAAGCAGAGUUUGAUUAGAACAGAAAUUUUAAAAGGAGGAAACAAACCUGAACAAUUUUUAAUCAGAAUAAUCAGUUAGAAAAAUAAUUUAGGAUAAAGAUUUGCUGUUUCAGAAGAGUCAGCUUACUUAUUUCCAAAAGUCAGAAUGCUAGAGCCUUUUGAAUGUUUUCUAAAUGUAUCAUGUUUUACAACACUGAGAAAGAUGAACAAUUUUGUUGAUGUAAUAUUUCUUGAGGUUUUAUCCCCCAUAGAUAACAUAUAAUUAUAAAUUAUAUUUAAAUUGUUUUUUCUCCAUGUUCUUUUUUCUGGAAGAAAAUAAAAAUGUAGACAAUGUCAUAAAUAAGACAAACUUACAAAUUGUGACAUUGAGCCAUGGUUUGCAAAUUUGGUAACAUUCUUUUACCUGAAAUAAUAAACUAUUUUUAAUAAUAUAAGGGUUAAGGAUAACGGUCAAAGAAUACUGUAUUUAGACUUGUUCAAAUUUGCAUAUAGGGCAAAACCUUUCAAACUUCUCAGAAUAAAAUCUGAGUCAAAGCUAAUUUAGGUUAAAAUAAUUUGAACAACACAUGACCUCUAAUAAGAAACUAUGCGUUUCCAUACCCAAUGGAACCUCAAAUCCUAAAACAAUUCCAUUAUUGCCUCCCAAGAAGCUUUCCUUUAUGGCCAAUAUCACUAAUUUUCAAGCCUAGUAAGAGAGCAUGGGUUUCUUUUGAGACAGGUGAUCUGUAUCAUUAUAUUUGUGUAUAAUCACUUAAAAGACUCCCUUCUUUUUUAUAGCUUUUUUGGUUCAAAGCAUCCUAGUUAAAGUGGAGCAAAAUACUAAAGUGGCCAGAUAGUUUUUCAACAAUGUGAAACCUCCCUUCAAAUUUUAUUUGUAUAAAUCAUCAUGUUGAAAUAAAAACCCAGCUUUGGCUUGGAGUCUUAAAUAAAUUGAUUUUGUGUUAUUUGAUGAGAAAUUAUUGUCAAGAAGAAGAAAUUAAUUCUUAUAGUAGAUUCCAUUUUAGCCAAGAAGGAUAAGGUAAACUAGAUGACUGUAUAAUUAUCUAUAGUAAUUCAGGGAAAUUUUUUAAUUUUUUAUUUUUGGUCUUGUGCAAAGAUAAUUACUCAUGGAUAGCAGCCAAAAUUAUUAUUCUUAUUUUUUUAAUUUGUUUCAAGUGUAUCACCAAGCACUUAUAAAAUCCAUUCUUUUCAUUCAUUAUGUAACUCAAUGACCUUUAAUAAUUGGUACUCAUUGCCCUUUCUUUUGAUCCUUAAAAAUACUUUUUUUAUCCUGUCCAAAAGAAUUCUCCUACUAAAAUGCAAAUGAGUACCUGAGUAUAGAAAGUAUCCUAUCUUAUGAGUAUAUAUGAAGUACUUUAGCUGGAUUCAGCUGGACUGCAAAAAAAAUUAAGAAAGGACACCAACAUGGAAUAGGAAAAGAGAUAGCAAAAUCAAAUUUUGCAUAUAUUUAAAUUAUGUCUAUAGCCCAACGCUGCUAACCAGGAACAAAAGCUAAAAAUAGGUGGGAAGGUUAACUGAUUACAGUUGACCCUUGAACAAUACAGGUUUGAACUGUGCAGGUCCACUUACACAUGGAUUUUUUCUAACAAAUAUACAAUUGGCUCUUUAAUCUCCAGAUUUUGCAUUCAUGGUUUCAAGCAACUGCAGAUAGAAAACAGUAUCUUCAGUCUGUGGCUGGGAAUCUGUGGAUGCAGAAGGCCUACCGCAUGCAACGUCCCAUGCCAUUUCAUAUAUGGGACUUGGACACCCAUGGAUUUGGGUAUCUGCCGGGGUUCUAGAAUGAAUCCCUCUCAAAUACCCAGGGACAACUGAGUUUUUGGGGAUUCACAGUUAUAUGUGAAUUUUCAACUUCAUAGGGAUUGGUGGCACUAACUUCUCACAUUGUUCAAGGGCCAACUGUAUAGAUACUAAACAUAGUAUUAAUAUUUAACAGAAUAUGAAAUUCAACAUGUCAAACUUUGAUAAAACAGAAACCUAAGUAUGUUAAUAAUAGUGAAACUAUUAAAAGGAACAAAAAUAACUUCUUGUGUUAUGUAUACCCACCAGUAUAAAAGUUUUCUGUUGGGAAAGCUUGGUAUUAUGUCUUCAAUCAAUACUGGCUAUAUGAUCUAAUUAAAUAUUAGUAUAUUCUUUAUGAGAAUGAUAACCCAUGCAAGAGUCUAAAUAUUGAGUGUGGCUAUAAUUUGAAUAUCAACAGAAUUUAAUAUUAUUUCUUGAUGACACUGCUGGUGAACGUUAACAUGAGUGGGCUAUAUGUAAAGGUAUUAUGUGAAGUAAAGUAAUUAGGUUCUUAAAGUUUGUCAGUAUCCUCAGCCUCUCUUUCUAUUUUUUUAUUCUUGCUUUCCUUCCCUUCCCCUCCCUUUUUCCCUUCCUUCUUUCCCUUCUUGCCUCCUUUCCUCCUCCUCACUUUCCUUCUCUCUCUUUCUCUUUCUCUCUCUCUCUCUCUCUCUCUCUCUCUCUCUCUUUCUGUUACUCUCACUCUUAGAAGGAUGUGAAAACAGAAUUUAUUAUUCUGGCUGGCCCCCCCAUUUCAAUGUUACAUGGUUGAACACUGUGGGAUAGUGGGUAAGGAAACAAAGGUGGACAUUAGAUGUAGAUCAUUUGGAUUAGAAAUUGAUCUAGCCCAAAUGAGAAAAUUGAGACCUGGGCUUCCAGAGACUUCAUAUGUUAAGAGAAACAUGGGUCUAAAAAGUAUAUAUGUUGUUUGUUUUAGCUGAAUUUAAACAUUUUCUUAAGAGGUAUUAGGGCAAAUCUUUUAGGACAACCUCAUAUUUUUCCUGUGCAAACACCUUAAUUUAAAAAAAUUCUUUUAUUUUUAAAUAGUAAAUUUUUACUUGAGUAUCACACUGUCAAAGAUUGAAACAGAAAAAAGUAUCUUUUUUAUUUGUAGGGAAAUCAUUUCCUAAAAACUACUUCCCAAUAAGGUGAACAUACCAAAUACUACUUGAUUUUACUCUCUUUACCCAGAAGUAACUGAUUAACAGUCAUGCUUCCUGUUUAGCCCUCUGUAACUCAGUUUCACACAGCAUGGUGUUUUGAAUCUUUUGUGAGGGUUUGAAAACAUUUGCCAUCAAUUUUAUAAGGCUACUCUAUUGAAAAAGCAACAUACAAUGUAUUUCAUAAUUGUUAGCUCUGUGUCUUUGAGAUUUUAACAUAUAUUCAAAUAGCUAUUUGUAACCACAGCUUUUACUUAUUUGCCAGAAUUAACAAAUUACCAAGUUCUUAAACACAAAAAGACACAGGUUGGAUCAUUUUGCGAUACCUCAAGGUAUAAUCAUUUACAAAUCUCAAUUCAAAGCCAUUUUUUCCCCAGGGAAAAUUCAAUUACUUGUAGCAGAGUUUUUUAUUCAUAAGGAAAAAAAGUAAAAUAUCUUAUUUGAAAGAAUAAGAAUGAGGAAGACAUAAGAGUAUGCUUUUGCAUUUUAGGUACUCUUGACACUACAAUAAUUUUAACAGUACUUUAACAAGAUUUAAAGAAUCUUUAAUUUCUAAAACUAAAUAUUUUAUCUUAUUCAUGUUUUUCUUAUGUUAGUGUACUAUUAUUACAUUCAAAAUACUUAACACAUUGUCUCCAUGAUGUUUAUUUGUGUUCAGUAACAGAAAAUAUAUAAAAAUAAUACAGCUUUUUUUUUCUCUGGAAAGAUAUGCUUCACUAAAUCAAAUGCCUCUGAUUUUCGGGUCUUAUUCUCAUCUGGACUUCUUUGUCACACACCUCAGGGUUCCUCUACUCUAUCACAUCAGGUAGUCAAACAAAGAUAAGGAUAUGAGAACUUCAGAGAAUUAAAAACUUCUAAAAGGAAGAAUUUCUGUGUUAACAGAUUAUGUAUUUAACACUGAUCAAAUUAUUUUGGAACUGUGAGAAAAACAGGCAGCUACCAUAUAAAUUGACAGUUAUGAAACUGCCAAUUAAUUUCUUCCUGUGAUUUUCAGUAUUAAGAAAGCAUUUGUCUUGAAAUGAUAGACAAUCAUAAUACUUAUUCAAAUUAAGAAAUAAGACCCUUAAUAACUUUAUCAUUUUUUAUUUCUUGAGAGAAACAUUUUUAAUAAUGAAUGUAAAAAUAGAGGAAAUGUAGUUGAGAAAAAAACAAAAGAAAUUAAGAUGAAAUUUGCAUAGCUGCGAUCCACAGUCCCAUUUUUCCCUCUAUUUUGUUAUCUCCUGCUGAAUUGAUAUGUAAGGCCCAAUUUGGCAAGCUACUAAUUGUCUCCUCUAAGAAUCUGGAGAUGAGCAAAAAUUACUCUAUGUGGAAACUGAAUCACAUCAUCAUGGUUGGUUAUGCUUACUAGGGAAGUCAGGUUAGGUUCAAAUAGAAAAAAAUAGUUAAUGGUUUUUCAGAGUCGAAUGAACAGAAUUUUCCAUAUUAAAAAAAUCUUCCUGAGAAUUUUGCCUUGAAAACACUCAAAAGUUUUAUAAUGGCUGCCUGUUACUCAUUAUAGCAUUGUUAAUCAAGUGACAAAACUGCCUGAUUAUGCUUUUAAAAUGAAUUAAGUGCAUUUCAGAAAUAAUACAUAUCAUUCUUUAUUUCAAAAUCUACCUACCUGACUUCUGACUUUUCAGCUGUGAGUAGUCAUUUACAAAACCAAAGGGUCUCAUAUCCCAAACAGUACUUUAGAUAAAAAAAAAUGCCUGCUCAUUUCAAUGCAUAUGAUAAACAGCCAAUGCAUCUCCAUCAAACAUUCCAGAGUAUAUAAUAAUAAAUAGGAUUCGCAACCCACUUAGUAAAAAUACAUAGUUACAAUAUACUGGGCCUUCUUUCACUUCCUCUGCAUGGGGUAGGUUUCACUUAACCAGACACAUGAUUAUUUUAAUGUUUCAUCCAAUUCAUUACUGUAAUUUCACAGGUCUAAAUUUUUGGUUUGGUCUGCAAUGUAAAUAAUAUUGUAUAUCUGCUAUUUUGCUAUCAGAUUAUACUUUGUGAAUCAUUUCUUUUAAAAAUCUACUUAUCGCAAACUUAUAUUACAAUAUCAUCAAAUAAUACCAGGUAAAUAUACUAAUAAAUCUGUAGGGCAUGGUUAAAUUACACAUAGUUUGAAAUAUCAAGCUAUUUUUCAUGUUUUAAAAGAUGAAUGCAUCUCCUAAGCCUGUACCAUUAAUUUAAAAAUAUGUUUCAUUUAGUGUUUCAUAUUAUAUUUUAAAAUAGUUUUCUUUAUUCAGUAGUACAGGUUUAGAGAAAUGAUAAAACAUGUCUCAUUUCACUAGAAUUUUAAGAAUACUAGUAAAUGUAAAAGUAUGCAAGCACUUAUAGGGUUAUAAACAUCUACUGUAUCUUUUUGCUUUUCAUAUUAUACCACUUUUUAUUUGAUUAUGUUUAUUUUUAAUUAUGUUAAAUCAUGCACAAUGUAAAUAGCGUGUUUCAUUAUGCCAAAUGUCUUUGUAUUUCACACUGUAGAAAGGUAAAUUUGUAUAUGAAAAAUAAGUGAUGAAAACCUGGGUUUCUUAUAAAACAGAGUAGAAAUGAUAGUAGCGUGUUAUAUUUACAUAAUUCAUUACAAAACUAUCUGUUUAAGUCAUGCAUUUAUUUACUGUAUAAAUCUAAAUUGUCACAUUACUGUAUAAAUCAAAAUAUUUAAACCAAUAAAUGAUUCC